GUCAGUCACCUGGGAAUAUAGAGAGGCGGGGCAGAGUUGAAGAUCCGGAUCCGGAGCGGCUGAAAGGCGGAAGUGGAGGCCGGAGCCUGGGACACCGCCGGGGGGGAGCGGAGCAGAGUCUGUGGGAGCCCCGGCCCAAGUAACGCUGCUGCCCCGGAGCUGCGUUGGAGGCCUCCCUCCCCAUUAAGUGCCUCUUGCAUAGCACCAGCCCCACCCCCACGCUCACUGGUACUACUACAGAGCAUCCUCGUGCCAUGGCGGGUCGGGGAGGUGCGGCAAGACCCAAUGGACCAGCUGCUGGCAACAAGAUCUGUCAGUUUAAGCUGGUCCUCUUGGGGGAGUCUGCAGUGGGCAAAUCUAGCCUCGUCCUCCGCUUUGUCAAGGGACAAUUCCACGAGUACCAGGAGAGCACAAUUGGAGCGGCUUUCCUCACACAGACUGUCUGCUUAGACGAUACAACGGUCAAGUUUGAGAUCUGGGACACAGCUGGACAGGAGCGAUAUCACAGCCUGGCCCCUAUGUACUAUCGGGGCGCUCAAGCAGCUAUUGUGGUCUAUGACAUCACCAACACGGAUACGUUUGCACGGGCUAAGAACUGGGUAAAGGAGUUACAGAGGCAGGCCAGCCCCAGCAUCGUCAUUGCACUCGCAGGUAACAAGGCAGACCUGGCCAGCAAGAGAGCCGUGGAGUUUCAGGAAGCACAAGCCUACGCAGAUGACAACAGUUUGCUGUUCAUGGAGACAUCCGCGAAGACUGCAAUGAACGUGAAUGAAAUUUUCAUGGCAAUAGCUAAGAAGCUUCCCAAGAAUGAGCCCCAGAAUGCAGCUGGUGCUCCAGGGCGGAACAGAGGUGUGGAUCUGCAGGAGAGCAACCCAGCCAGCCGGAGCCAGUGCUGCAGCAACUGAGCCCCCCUUACCUGCCACUGCCCCCACUCCUCCACCAGAGCGACCCGACCGGAAUCCACUCUAACCAAUCGCACUUAACGACUCGGGCCACCGCUGGGGGCAGGGGAAGGGUCCAUCAUGAAUUCUCUGCAUAACUUUGUUCCUAGGCCGGGAGGGAGUUAUUCCACCUGCACCUUUCUGUACAAAUACUAAUUCAAUUUUAAGUCUUAAGUCACUUUUUUAAUAUAUAUGAUCUUCUGCUCUUCCCAGUUUCCUUUCUACUGCUCUCCCACUUGCCCUUUGCUCCUGUGCCCUCGUCUGUGGGGACC